AGCGGUUGAGGUGAGAAUCUCGGCAGAGUACGAGUUCUUGGUUGAGUGGUAUCGCAUUGUUUAUAAAGAAUUAGUUGCACGUUGUCUGUUGUUUUUGUUUCUUUGUCACUUAGUUCUUGAAGGAUGGCGGUUAGGAAAAAAGAUGGUGGACCAGACUGGAAAUAUUACGAGUCGCCAUCUGUUUGUGAACUUUUUGAACCAGUUAAACAAUAUUUAUUGAAGAACUGCAAAAAGUAUGUUCAAGCUGAACCACCAACAAAUAAAAUUUUGGCAACCCUCACUGGACAGUUGCUUCAAUUUCAGGAGGAAAACUUUGGGAUUAAUGGAACCAAGCGUCUACUGUGCAAACUCCCAAUAAAGUUGUUCCUUGACUACAGUUUUGGAGGUUCAUUGUGUCAUAUUCUAUCCACAGUUUUCAAAACAAAAACAGAACAAGGGUGGAGAAGAUUUGAUUUCCAAUCACCAUCAAGGAUGGACAGAAAUGUUGAGCUGUUUUUGAACAUUGAAAAGACAUUAAAAGAGGAGAAUUUUCUUACAAUGCCAAAUGUCUAUCUUAUGCCUGAAAUUGAUCAAAAAACAAUGGCUAAACUAAAAGACAUUUUGAAAAAACAUAAUGGAUCUGUUGUUGAAGACAAGGAAUCUGCUACUCAUGUUGUCUUUCCAAUACCUCAACCAUGUCAGGAUGAUGAAUGGUUGCGUCCAAUUGAAAAGAAAGAUGAAAAGGUCUUAGUUCAUUGGUGGUAUUAUCCUGACAGUUAUGACACCUGGGUUUCAACUGGAGAUGUAAGUGAUGAACCUGAACCCCAACCACUACAUCACGGGCAAUGGGAGGUUAACGGUAGAUGGCUGAUUGAUCUCGAUCUAUUCAAUGAAUGGAUGAAUGAAGAAGAUUAUGAAAUGUCAGAUUUGAUUGAAGGAACAAUCAAAGAAGGUGUUUCUGCUGAAGUUCGAAAAAGACGCAAAAGCUUGAGAGGUGGAGGAAACAAAGAUGAUGAGAUACCAUCUAGUCCUGAAGGAAAAGAAAAGAAAAGGAAAAGAUCUCCAUCACCGGAAUCUGCGAGGAAGAAAAAACCGAAUCCUAAAAAAAGUAUUGUUCCUGCACUCGUGAAUAACAAAGUUGACAAGGACAUUGAAAGUGAGAAAGAAAUAGAAGAAGACAUUACUCAAGAGUUGCCAGAUCCUCCACCUGUACCUGUUGUGGAAGAAGUUAGUUUACCUACUUCGGAAGCUGUAAAGAACAAAGAUCCAGACUCGACACCAGUUCAGGAUGGGGUUAUGAUGGAUAUUUUAGCUCCACCUAAAACACACGAGGAAGAAGAUGAAGAUAAAGAAACAAUUGGUCCAGAUUCAGCGCCAGGAUCUCCAGGAUCCGCUCAAGACGGCAGCAAACCUGAGGAAAUGUUUGAAGAUCCUACAAGUUAUGAUGAACAUUUAACAGAACAAAGUCACCAUGUUAUUGUUCCAAGUUAUUCAUCAUGGUUUGAUUAUAAUAGCAUCCAUGCCAUUGAAAGAAGGGCACUUCCUGAAUUUUUUAACGGCAAAAAUAAAUCCAAAACACCAGAGAUAUAUUUAGCAUAUCGCAACUUUAUGAUCGAUUCAUAUCGAUUAAAUCCUACAGAUUAUCUUACAGCAACAGCCUGUCGACGAAAUCUAGCUGGCGAUGUUUGCUCCAUAUUACGGGUUCAUGCUUUUCUUGAACAAUGGGGAUUAGUGAAUUAUCAAGUGGACGCUGACAGUCGUCCUACUCCUAUGGGACCUCCUUCCACCUCACAUUUUCAUAUUUUGGCUGACACUCCAGCUGGAGUGCAACCUUUGCCACAUCCACGAUCUCAGAAUGCGCCAAGUGAUCGAAUGUUUCAAUCCAAAGAAGAAAUGAUUCCAAAGCCAGCAGUAAAGAAUGAUCUCACUAACUUUGGAUUGAGAACUGAUCAAUAUCUUUCGAAAAAAAGCCAAAAGGCUGCAACUGCUACAAAAGAAUGGACUGAUCAUGAAACCUUACGUUUACUCGAGGGACUUGAGAUGUUUAAAGAUGACUGGAAUAAAGUUGCAGAACACGUAAGCUCACGGACACAAGAUGAAUGUAUUUUGCAUUUUUUGCGUCUUCCUAUUGAGGAUCCGUUUUUGGAGGAGUCAACUGGGGCAUUAGGUCCGUUAGCCUAUCAACCAAUACCAUUUAGUCAGCAAGGAAACCCGGUCAUGUCAACUGUUGCUUUUCUUGCUUCCAUUGUUGAUCCGCGUGUGGCAAGCGCGGCGGCUAAAGCUGCUUUAGAUGAGUUUGGUCUAAUGAAAAAGGAAAUUCCUAUGAACGUACUGGAAGCACGGGUUAAAAAAGCGGUGGAGGAAAUGGAAAGUGAAUUAAAAGUGGAAGGAAAGGAACCAGUUGAGCCAAUACAGAAGGAUAAUAGUAAAGAAGAAAAGACGUCUACAGUUAAGGGGGAGGCGAACUCUGAAUCGAAAGAUACUGGAGCAUUAUCUGAGAAUCAAGAGAUCAACAAGGAGAAUAUGGCGACGGCAGCGGCGGCUGCUUUAGCUGCAGCUGCUGUAAAAUCUAAGCAUUUGGCUCAAGUUGAAGAACGCAAAAUCAAAUCCCUUGUUGCUUUACUUGUUGAAACUCAGAUGAAAAAACUGGAAAUCAAGCUUCGGCAUUUUGAAGAACUGGAAACCAUCAUGGACAGAGAACGAGAAACUUUGGAAUACCAACGGCAGCAACUUUUGGUGGAGAAACAACAGUUUCAUCAAGAACAGUUAAAGCUUGCUGAAAUGAGAGCACGUGCAAGUCAGGUGGCUAAUGUUACUACUGAAUCAAUUGCUCCACCUCAAGCUACUCAAGUAACAACUUCAAGCGAAUCACCGCAACCUACACAACCAGUGAGAGUCCCUACACCAGUUGAAAGGCAAGCUACUGGAUCUAAUCCGCCUUCGGUUGGACCUUCACCUUCAUCUGUUGGCUCUCAAGGUCGAACCACACCAAAUGCAUCACUUGUUUCCUCACCUGUACCUCAACCAUCGCAUUCAUUAAAACAAUCUGUUGAAGGACAACACGAGCAACUACCUGCACAGCCUGCAAAACAGCCAACGCCUCCUCCUACUUCCCAGCAGUCAGUGCAACAGCAAAUUCCACUUCAACAAAUGCAACACUUGCAUAUGCAACAAUUGCAGAAAAUGCAACAGAUGCAACAACAACAACAACAACAACAACAACAACAACGCCAGUCCGUCUUUCAUCAACAACCUAUUUUACCGAAACAACAAGUGCAAACACAACAACAACAGCAAUUGGCCAACACUCAACUUCCUCAGAAACAUUUAAACCAACCUCAGCUUGCUCCACAACGUGUACAACAAUCAUCAAGAGGUCAACCUUCUCUUGGUGGAAACAAUUCUCCAGGAAGUAACGUCCGUAUGACUACUUCACCACGUGCUCAAUCUCCUUUAUCAACAACCGUACAUCCUGGUAAUUUACCAGCAUCAACUCAAUCUUCUUUACCUAUGUAUAUGCCAUCAACUAACUAUCCUGCUGGUGGAGUGUCUGGUAACGUGAAUAGACCAAUCAUGCCUUCCCCUGUCAUGUAUUCAACACCUUCCGGCCAAUCAUCAUCAUCAGGUUAUACUAUGAACCAAUCUCUUCCACAAGGUAUGCAAUAUGGUACACAGCGACCUGGAAUGCCUGUCAUUCCAAAACGUCCUCCGAUGCAGAACUACCCGCAGCAAUUUACUGGUCCUCUCAUUCAACCUACUGCCUACAACACUCAAAGUUUUCCAGAUACAAGUGGUUAUUCUGCAGGAUAUAUGUCUUCAACAGGCAGUCAGCAUCCUCCGACAACUGGAUAAACCCGAACUGUUCACGUUAUUGUAGUUUUAUUGUACACGUUCAUAUUCUGAAUUUUUAUUUGGUUGUUGUUGUGCUGUUUUUCUUUUGAUAAUAAGAUGAACAGUUGCUCAAAUCUGAUUGGUUGAAAGACGUGUAUGCAAAAUAGAGGGCAAAAAAGUUUUUCAAUAACAAAAAUUAAUUCAUUACUGAA